AUGGACAUCUCAGCCCUCCAAGCAACAGCAACCCGCAUCCUGCAAAACCCCCACUACCAACCCCCUCUCUCCCUCCUAAAAGCCCUCCGCAAUGGCGCCGUCUACGGCACAAAAGUCCGCUUCCCACACGCCCUCGUAAUGAUCCUUCUAUUCCGCUCUGGUCCCCUUUCCACAAAACUGUCUUCGGUGCUCAAAGCCACCAAGCAACAUGCGCGCAACCUGGCCACUUUUGCAUUCCUCUACAAGCUUCUUAUGCUGGUGCAAAAGAGUGUCAGACCUGCUGGAAAAGAGAUGAGCAGUGAUUCCUUUGUUGCGGGUGCAGUGGGUGGAUACUACGUCUUUGGCCGCAGCAAAAGCAGUGUCAAUCAGCAGAUUGUGAUUUACGUGGCUGCACGAGUGGUGUUGGCUGCUGCGAGCUUAGCAGUGCAACCUAGAGGUGACAAUACACUGCUGGGCGGCAAAUAUGGAGGCAGAGGAGGUAUGGGCAUCAUAGGCUUGUCAGACCAAAGCAGAGAGGCAGUGAGAAGACAUGCCUGGCCGGUAUUUGCGAGUUUGAGUUGGGCGAGUGUGAUGUGGUUGUUCAGGUUCUAUCCUGACAUGCUGCAGCCGAGUUUGAGGAGUUCGAUGACUUAUAUAUACGAGAAUGCGGACCAUUGGGAUUCGCCGAGGAACUUUUUGUGGCAUAACAAAUGA